UGAAGAUACUGCCCCCACCUCGCCCGCGCCGCUCACGCUCACCCGUUAAAUUUUAUUCAAAUUUGAAAUUUCAAAGGACUUAUGGACCACCCUGUAUAAUGGUACUUGAAAAUUAUGUAAAAAAUGUAGUGCUUCUAGAACAGUUGUGUCCAGCAAGAACCAACGAGGAGGUUUGAGAUGGAUUCGAGCAAAAAUCAAGAACAAAGCGGCCCAGAGCACCGCCUCCUGAUCCAGAAAACGAUCUAGAAAACGAAUUCGACGAAAGAAACAACCAGAUAGACAGCAGUACGAACUUUGUGCCUCCAGGAUUCCUAAGCCCGUCAGUCAUGGAGUACCUGGAACUCGGAAAAUCUAUACCAGGUAGACCAGGAUCAGACUAUCCAGUCCUAGGCACAGUGCCGUAUACCAACUUCUACUGUGACGAGCAGCCUUAUCCAGGAUUCUUCGCCGAUACAGAAACGCGUUGCCAAAGUUGGCAUUAUUGUGACAUAGACGGAAGACAGACGACGUUCUUGUGCCCCAAUGGUACCCAGUUCAGCCAGCUGGUACUUGUGUGCGACUGGUGGUUCAACGUUAGAUGCGAUCUGAGCGAAAAAUUGUACGUUAUCAACAGUCGUCUCUACGGAAGGCCCAAGCUAGAUCCCACCAGACCCCAUCGGACCAUCACAAAACAGCUGCUCGAGGACAUUUUCAACGAUGAAAAGUAAAGAGAAACAUUAUCACAAGAAGUGUAAAUGUGUAAAUUAUACAGAAACGUGUCUAAAACGCUGAGACGUUCGUGAUUAGAUAAGUUCUUGUCAGUUGAGAUUGUACACUAGCAAAAUACGUUGGAGUAGCCAUAAAAAUUCAUUACUAUAAGAUAAAUUAUGAUAGUGACGGGGGUUGUUUCAAAAAUAAGGUUCCCACAUUUUCUCAGGCGCAAGGAAUUUUUUAUCUGAAAAAUGAAUUCACCAUUGGAAACGUUGAUCUUUAAACUAUGUUGCCAUUUUUUUCUACGUAUUUUUUUAGUCGUGAAAUCCACUUUUGUAUCGUUUGUUGUGAGACAUCCCCUACUACGAUUUUGGAUUGUAUCAGCUUUUUCAGAAGCCGCUUCGGAAUUUCAACAGCCUAUUCCCGAAUCGUAAUUCGCCGAUGUUCUAGAAAGAUUUGCCACAGCUUCCUCGGAGAUUGACAGCCCCCUGCUUCGUAGUUAAUCGUGGAUAUCCGUGCGGCCGAUAUCGACUGAUAUAAAAAAAUUAAUCGUCAAAAUAAAGGACUUUUCGAUAAACACGUGGUUGGAAGUUUGCGAAUGACCACCCUGUAUAUGUUUCUCUAUACAGGGUGGCCCAUCCAUGUGUGGACGGAAUAUUACUGAUAAACAAUUACAUUUUGAGAAAAUCUAUUUAUGGGAUGUUAUACAUGACAUUUGAGGGCACAUUUCUAAAAUAUUGGCCAUUAUACAGGGUGUCCCAAUUUCGACCUACAUAUCAGAGUUGUGGUUUUCCAAAUGGAAUGCCUCAAAUUUUAUUAUAUACUUUGAAGUUGAGUCAUUAAUUUUCAGAUAAUGGUUGUAGAAGGAAGAUAAAACAAAAUAUGUGUGUAAAAAUAAAAAAAAAUGUUACCUUGUUUUAUAAAGUAUCCUCCCGACAAGUAUUUAAGUGCGGACCUGUAUUUGAUCGUGCGGUCUUGGAGCACCGGCAUGCUCUCCCCUGUGAGGUCUUAAGUCACCUGAUUCACGAGCCCUUUGUACUACAUUAACAAAGGCACGAGGGGUUGGUUGCACUCGAUUGGGAAACCGAUCCGCAUAAAUCCGUGAUGCCGCGUAAAUAAGAAUCAUGUCCACAAGUGCAGCAUUUUCGUAAACAUGUGCCAUUUUUGAUUUCGUUUGAGCCACGCAACAGACACCACUAUUCACUCACGCGUUACCGACUGACACUGACUGUAUACAACUGAAUAAAAUAAUUGUAAAAACAUCGUUCCAAAUUCUUUCGCUUUUUUGUUUCCGAUGCGAUGAACCGAUAAGGCGGAUUAUAUCCGUUGUCGCCAAACACGAGCACAUAAUAUUAUUAUUGAGACAGGGCGGUACUCAAACUUCCAAAGGGCUAUAACUUUGUUACUUUAAUUUUACCAGAAAAAUGGUAAAGGAAAAAACAUUUCUUUUGAUCAGAUAUACUCACUGUUAAAAUAAAUGACUCAACUUCGAAGUCACCCUUUGGAUAAACCAAUUCAAGAGACAAUGAAUUUUUAUGGGCGGUAACUGAAAGCUCCAUUGCGCAUGGCUGUCGGGCAGGUACUAAGCAUCGCAAAUAGGCGCUUGUUGUUGGGAUCGGUGGUGGGGCGUAGCAUCACUCGCGGCAAAGAUACAGCGUUGGGUACAAUUUUUGAAAGAACCCUCAAAUUAUAUCCACAAAACAAGGAAAAGCUUAUAGUUGAUUACAUUUAAUACUUGUUUCUUCCUUGAUUCACAAUAAUUUCGCCCAAAUGUUCUUUGUAGGCACAGUCUUAGAUAUGAAAGAUCCGUAAAAAGUGACGAUGUUGUUGGUUGAUCAUUGAAUGCUUUUUUAGUUGUAAGAAUCCUUAUAAAACUACGAGGCCAUUCAUUAUUUAUAUACUCGUUGUAUUUAUAACUUUAUAAUUCGCAAUAAUUGUGAAUGUACAUAAUUUUUAAUUUCGUAGCUUUUAAGAAUUUUCUUAAUUAGUACAAGUUUUCCCAUUUGCUGCUACUCAUAUGUAUGUAAUAUGGUGGCAAAAGGUUUUUGUAUUAUCAUGUAAAUAUAUAAAAAUAAAGAUACAAACUUUAUACGAAAGGGUGUCCGCAAAGUUGGGGUUUUCCUUUACACGACGUGUAGAUCUUGAAAACAUAAGCAAUUUUUCUUGGUACCAUAUACACCAAUGUCUUAAGGGAACCGAGAUAAAAGGAUCUGCAACAUAAAAAAUAACUGAAUACCGUCCUG